GGCUCUCUCCUAUCGUCUUCGAGAUUCGCCCCUCCACUCAGCCGCUCGUCUCCAACGAUCGUCUUCAAGAUCUACCCCCUCCGCUCAGCCGCUCAACCACUCGUCUCCGACUCUUGUCUUUGAGAUCCGCCCCUCCGCUCGGCCCUCACUCGUCUCCAACUCUCGUCUUCGAUUGAGAACUCCGUUGCUGGAACCAGUUCAAAGAUGGCUCCGCUUGAGGAAGAGGAUUUGGAGAGGAAACUCAAGAAGGAACAGAAGGCUAAACUCAAAGAGGAAAAAAAACUGAAGGCUGCACAAAAAGCAGAAGCUGCCAAACUUCAGGCACAGAAAGCAACUGAGGGAUCGAAGAAAAGUGAAAAGAAGCUUCGGAAACGGGAAGCUGAUGAUGAGAAUCCUGAGGACUUUAUUGAUCCUGUGACUCCUGCUGGAGAGAAGAAACAACUCUCCCAUCAGAUGGCAAAGCAAUAUAGCCCUAGUGCAGUGGAAAAAUCAUGGUACUCGUGGUGGGAGAGAUCAGGAUUUUUCAUGGCAGAUUCUAGCUGCUCAAGACCUCCUUUUACAAUAGUCUUGCCUCCUCCAAAUGUAACUGGGGCUCUUCAUAUAGGCCAUGGUCUUACUGCUGCCAUACAGGACACAAUAAUCAGAUGGCGCAGAAUGUCAGGUGACAAUACAUUGUGGGUGCCGGGAAUGGACCAUGCAGGCAUUGCGACCCAGGUUGUUGUUGAGAAGAAGCUCAUGCGUGAAUCUAAACUUACAAGGCAUGAUGUUGGACGUGAGAAAUUUAUCUCUGAAGUGAGUUGUCAAUUUCUAUUGAAUAAUAUGAUGAUGGAUUCAUGCAAAAUUUUUCCUCCUUCAACCAUAUCCAGAAUGUUUCACACUCGUGUAUUAAAUGAUUGUAAAUUAGUUUGCGGCAUUCUACCCAGUGUUGAAAUAAUCGUGCUAUAUAACUCAUAG